CUCCUUCAGCCCCUACACCUCCCAAGCAGCUCAGCCGUAUAUCCUUCCUUCUGCCAUCACUCUCAGCUGCAAACAGAGCUUUUGAUCCUGCUCGGUUGCUUCCAAACAUUCAUAGCAGCCAUGGAUACCAAAGUGGAGAGGAUGCUUUUCAUGACGUCGGCAUUCCUUCUCAUAUUAGUGCUUGCUGUGAAUGCAGAGGACCACCUGGAUGCAAAUGCUGUAUCUAGUCCAGCAAGUCUGAGAGGAAGGUUUCUCUUGAACGUAUCUCCUGUAAAAAACACUUGCAAAUACAACAAAGCAAUUUGUAGCGAGCCAGGCUCAGCUGGUCCUGAUUGCUGCGAUGAGGUUUGUGUUGACAAGAGUAUUGAUAGCAACCACUGUGGGUCAUGUAGCCAUGACUGUGACUUUGGAGAAACCUGUUGCGAUGGUGAUUGUGUUGAUCUUCAGAAAGAUGAAGACAACUGUGGAAGGUGCGGACUGGCGUGCCCCAAGAGAAUCUCGACUAACAACCUCCAUGGACGAUGUGAGAAUGGGCUCUGUGAUUACAACUGAUGUUUUUUUAACAGAUUUUGAAGAAAUUCCUCUUUCAAGCUAGAUUAUGAUGCAUCUGCAGUCUGGAGGUGAUUCAACGUAAAACAUUUCAGAAGAUUUUGAAACUUCCAUAUUCGGAUUUACGCUGUAGCUAGGAAGUAUUGUUUUUUCAUUCAGUAAGUUUAAAAUACGAGCCUAGAUACAUGCGAUUCACCACUACAGUAUAAUUAGUAGCAUGAUGCCAGAGAUUAAGAAAUCCAUGAGGUUGUCAAGCUUCUGGAUUUGUAGUAUGGUG